GAGUUUGUGUUUUUGUUUCCAGCAGAAAUAUAUUCAAGAAUUCAAGACAAAGUAAGAAAUAGUUAAUCUAAUCGAUCGGAAGUAAUGUCUACAUCGAGUAACAACUCCCAGUCUGCAUAUUCUCCGUCGGAACCCGAAACUCUACAAGGCACAGCAAAGAGUCGUAUCCAAGCACUGGACCAAUCUCUUAACAAUGUGGAUGUUAGUAACAGCAACUGCUCAGAGACGUCAGUGAAAGAAAAAGAAAUGCACCAAAAACGGAUUCAAGCCCUAAGAAAGGAACUUGAAUACAUAAAGGUGACUGAGUGGGCCUUUGAUUACGAUAAAGGUUUCAUUCAAUAAUUGACUUACAGCCAAACGUGAACAUGUUGUCCUAUGUGUUGUCUUUCUUUAAUAACUUGUUUUCUAAAGAACCUGAAGAAGAUGAUUAUUCAAAAGAGAGUUUUUUAGCCGAUCAACUAUUAGAUAUAGAGACCUUGAAAGAAGAAUUAAAAGAUGACAUUGAACCAGAAAGUCAAGAAAUUCCAAGGAAUGUGGCUUGUUUCCAGAGAACAGGGUUAAUAACAUACACAGGUGACAACAACUAUGUGCUCAUAGACGGGAGCCUCUAUUUCGACAUAACAAAUUCACCCUUAACAUUCAGUGUUAACGACAAGGUCCUAUACCUUGGUUACGAAGAUGACAAUGAGUCUAUCAAAGUGGUGAGAAUCCUGGAGAACAAUGGACCAUUCUGGGGUGAUUCUAUGGACAUGGAAGAGGAUAAGUUCAAAGUAAUAGAACAUGUGAUAAUCGGGGAAGUUGGAUACAGAGAGGAGAGGCUGGUGUAUCUGAAGGAUAAUGAUCUGAAGUUUAGUCUUGACGAGGUGGAGGCGACUUUUAUACCAAUGAAGGGGGACUGGCUGGAGCUUAGUUGUUCUGUGCAGUACCAGGAUGAUAAGCCUGCUGAUAUUUCCGCUGCUCAGGUACUGAAGGUGCUUUCAUUCAAGCCACUACGAAGUAAAGUGAAGAGCACAGUAGUCACCAGCUGGGACGGGGACUCUGGGACUUGUGACAGACAGUUCUUCUUCAACAGGCAGUCUGUGCAAAAUGGGAGCAUGCCGCAAGUAGGAGCCAAGGUCAUGGUGGAAGCAAUAGAAAGCAAUCAAGGAGCUUGCAUAUGGAGGGUAACAAAAAUGAUGAUUAUAGAAAGUAGCCCUGUCCAUCAAAACAACAACAACAAGAGUCCCGAGGAAAACAUAACACUUGAACUGGAAAAGGAAAAGAGAAUCUCAGUAACAUAUCCUCUUGUAUUUGAAAAUGUUGAUUUUCACCAAAGUGAAAAUAUGAAUUUAGUGAUCACAAACAACAGUGAUCAAAGCUAUUUUCUAAAUAAGUGGAUCAUGCUUAGCAAGAGGAGGGAUUCACAGAUUGAAGUCAAACCCUUUCUCACUCGCCCAAUGAAAAUAUAUCCCGGACGCACAGUUUCAUUUACCAUCACAUGCUACCCAAAGUUACUGGGAAGUAGCAAAGAAUGCUUGAUAUUUAUGUUCAACGGGUUUCAAGUAAAGAGAUUUAUCAACAUCAAUGUUGUUGACAACAAUAUGAAACAGAUUAAUAACAAUGCAUAUGUAAAUGACUCUGGAUUUAAGUCCGAACAAGAAAAGAUUGCUGGAAUGCAGGAUGUGAGGAGAAAUAGGGAUAGGGGUUUUAUCCCCGGUGUGAAGCCAGUCAGAGCGUCAAAUUUCGUGCCAGUUAAACUGGGAUCUUUCCCAAUACCUGACAAAGUGUGGGCUGCUGUUUUAGGAAACUCGGAGCAAACAGUGUAUGGUAAUGAUUAUGACAAGAUAUUGGACAGGAUAGAAAUGGCCUUGCCCUGUUUAUGCCAAGAAUUGAACAUUACUAACUAUCUCGACAGAUGGCAUACGUUGCUAUACAUGGAGGAAAUACAAGCGAAUGUUUGUAUGAGAGCGUAUGAUAUGCCUAUAGUGUACUUGAUCCACUGUCAGGAGUAUUUAGGGAUUGAAAUAAAGGGGUUAUGCGAAAGAAGACCCAGCUUGAUAAAAGGCGAUAGAGUGAUUGUUAAAGAUACUUGGAGGUCCUCACAGUUUGAAGGUUACAUUCACGUAGUAAGAGGGGAUUUGGUCUUGAUCAAGUUCAAUCCUCAGUUUCAUGAGACUUAUUCGGGGAGUGACGUUGCUGUAGAAUUCCACUUCAGUAGAUCUACUUACAGAAGAGCUCAUCAAGCUCUCAAUUUAGCUAUUUCAAAUCUCGGCCCUGACAUACUAUUUCCAUCGCGUCUUGCGACUCGCCCGCAGCUGGUGUCACCUCAUGACAUAGGCAACAUUAAAUGGUUUAACAGACUCCUUAAUCCCGGUCAAAAAGCUGCAGUCACAAAUAUUAUUUUAGGAGAAUGUCGUCCCAUGCCAUACUGUAUUUAUGGACCUCCUGGAACAGGUAAAACGAUCACUGUGAUUGAAACGAUUCUACAAAUAAUAUCCGUAAUACCGGAUAGCAGAAUUCUAGUUGCGACGCCGUCAAAUAGUGCAGCUAAUCUGAUCACUGAAAGGCUGAUUGAAUACAGAGAUCGUUUCUCUGGCUCCAUGAUUCGACUCAUAGCCAAUUAUCUACUUGAUUCUGAAAACUUACCUGAUGUUAUAAAGCCCUUUUGCGCUACGUUGGACAUAGCAAGAGAAGAAACCUCUAAGCCCAACUAUCAAGUCAGGAAAGAUGGAGUGAACCUGAAUUGUCAGACAUCUUUCAUUGGAAGACAUCGUGUAACUAUCGGCACUUGUUUCUGCAUUGGGUCGCUGGCACAGAUGGGGUUGCCGCGCGGGCAUUUCACACAUGUCAUCGUUGACGAAGCUGGUCAAGCAACUGAGCCAGAAAUUAUGAUACCCCUUACUUUUACAGACAAAGAACACGGCCAAAUCAUUCUUGCUGGAGACCCACAGCAGCUAGGGCCUGUGAUAUUAUCCAAAUACUGCACGGAAUUUAACAUGAAUGAGUCAUAUUUGUCUCGGAUUUUGGAGACUUUCCCAUACCAAAGAGAUUUCGAAGCCUAUGAGGAUGGAUUUAAUAAGAAGCUGGUUACCAAAUUGAACUACAACUAUAGAUCUUUAGAAGAAGUCUUAAAACUGCCGAGUGAGAUGUUUUAUGACGCCUCUCUCGUGCCUAAGAUGGGCAGAGACGAAGCAUGGAUCUCCGCUACCAUAAACACUGUUUCGGAAGUCUUCGACUCAUCAGAGAGAACCGAAGGGGGCGUGUUCGUAUACGGCAUUAAAGGAGUGAACGCUAGGGCAGAAGAUAGCCCUUCGUGGUUCAAUCGGGAAGAGGCCGCCAUGGUGGCUCUGAUGACAUGCAAACUUUACAAGAGGAGUAUCACACCAGAUGAUAUUGGAAUUAUCACACCUUAUAUAGCCCAGACAAAAUACUUCCGAGUCCUGUUCGAGUCUAUGGGAUUACCACAACCAAAAAUUGGAACUGUUGAAGAAUUUCAGGGACAAGAGAGGAAAAUCAUACUUAUAUCAACAGUAAGGUCGACCGAGGCUUUUUUAGUAGAAGACAAAAAACAUGCGCUUGGAUUUGUCCAAAAUCCUAAACGCCUGAACGUGGCUUUGACCAGAGCCCAAAUUGCCGUCAUUCUUUUUUGCAAUCCUCAUCUGUUAUGUACAGAUCCACUAUGGGGCAAAGUUGUCAGACAAGCAGUAAAAGAAGACAAAUAUAAGGGAUGUGAUUUACCUUACGACAUUGAGACUGUUAAUACAGAUACUACCGUCUAACAUAGUAUGCUAAUAAGGAUAAGAUACCUAUUGUGAUCUGCGUAGGUGUACACUA